AUGAUUGCCAAGUCCAAGAGGGGAGAAGAUCAUGUAAAGGUUUUAAAGAAGUUAUUUGAGAGGUUGAGGAAGUAUGAACUGAAGCUCAACCCUGCAAAAUGUUCGUUUGGAGUUAAGUCCGGAAAGCUGCUAGGAUUUGUGGUAAGUGAAAAGGGUAUAGAGGUGGAUCCUGAUAAAGCGAAGGCCAUCCAAUCCAUGCCAUCCCCAAAGACGGAGAAUGAGGUUUUGUUAUCAGAAAAUGACAUAGUGUAUAUGACAAGAAAAGUCGUGAAGGGAAGCGCGAUUGCUGACCACCUAGCUGAUAACGUUGUUGAAGAUUAUGAGCCAUUGGAUUUUGAUUUGCCUGAUGAAAAUGUACUAUCAAUAGAGGAAGAAGAAGAGAAGACAGAUUGGUGGACCAUGUUUUUUGAUGGGGCAGUGAAUGUGUAUGGUAAUGGGGCUGGCACAAUUAUAAUCUAUCCGGAUAAAAAGCAGUAUCCGGUUUCAGUUAAAUUGCAUUUUGAAUGUACCAACAAUACAACUGAGUAUGAGGCUUCCACGUUGGCUGUUAUGGCUAUGAUUGAUCUCGGGCAUAAGGUACAACAUUUACACAUUGACAUCAGAAAUAACCCAACUCACUGUUGCUCAGUUGAAGGAGAGAUAGAUGGAAAUCCUUGGUACUACGAUAUUAAGAAUUUUAUGCAAAAUCAGGAAUAUCCUAUGGGAGCUUCGAAGAUGGAUAAGAAAACCCUAACAAGAUUGGCCAUGGAUUUCUAUUUAGACGGAGAGAUUCUGUAUAAAAGAUCAUUUGACGGAACCUUGCUAAGGUGUUUGAAUGAGAUAGAUGCUAGAAAUGCUUUACGAGAGGUCCAUGAAGGGACUUGCUCAACUUAUGCUAAUGGGUAG